AUGUCUGACGAGGAGGAAUAUUCUGGCUCCGAGGAGGAGGAAGUAGAAGAAGAAGUCCCGGAGACACCCGCUCCUAAACCAGAGAGUAGACCAUCGAUCGCGGGUGAGGGAGACCCAGAAUUCAUCAAGCGUCAAGAUCAGAAGCGGUCGGACUUGGAUGAGCAGUUGAAGGAAUACAUCAACGAAUGGCGUAAACAACGGGCUAAGGAAGAAGAUGAGCUCAAACGCCUUAAGGAGAAGCAGGCUAAGCGCAAGGUAUCGCGCGCUGAGGAAGAGAAGCGCCUCGCCCAGAAGAAGAAGGAAGAAGAAGAGAGGAGAGUUCGCGAAAUUGAGGAGAAGAAACAGCGUGACAUCGAAGAGAAGAGGCAGCGACUCGAGGAGGCCGAGAAGAAACGCCAGGCUAUGCUCCAGGCUAUGAAAGAAUCCAGCAAGGUCGGACCUAACUUCACCAUCCAGAAGAAGAGCGAAAACUUCGGCCUCAGUAAUGCGCAAUUGGAACGCAACAAGACCAAAGAACAGUUGGAAGAGGAGAAGAAGAUUUCCCUGUCCAUCCGCAUCAAGCCUUUGAACAUUGAGGGUCUCUCCACAGACAAGCUCCGAGCGAAAGCUACGGAGCUCUGGGAUUGCAUCAUCAAACUCGAGACCGAAAAAUACGAUCUCGAGGAGAGGCAAAAGAGGCAGGACUACGACUUAAAAGAGCUCAAAGAAAGACAGAAGCAACAGUUGAGACACAAGGCCCUCAAGAAAGGUCUUGACCCCGAAGCACUCACAGGCAAGCACCCGCCCAAAAUCCAAGUAGCGUCCAAAUACGAGCGUCGUGUCGACACAAGGUCCUACGACGACAAGAAGAAGUUGUUCGAGGGUGACCUUGAGAAACUGAACAAGGACUUCCUCGAGAAGGUGUGGCAAGAGAGGACCGAACAAUUCGGCGGCAGGCAAAAGACGAGACUGCCCAAGUGGUUCGGUGAGAGGCCCGGCAAAAAGAAGGGCGACACCGAUUCGCCCGAGGGCGAAGAGGACGUGAAGGCUGAACCUGAAGAGGAGGAACCUCUGUACGAGCCUGAACCUGAAGAGGAAGAAGAGGAAGUCGUUGAAGAAGUCGAAGAGGAGGAAGAAGAGGAGGAAGAGGAAGAGGAGGAAGAAGAGGAGGAAGAGGAAUAA